CGCCGCUGCUCCGCGGAUCGGCCCGGUUUGCAGCUCCGGCGCACAGCCGCACGGCGUCGCUCACGCUGCGCGGCUCGCGGUCGCUGGCCACCAUGCCCGAGCCGGACGCGCCUAGCGACGAGCCCGCGUCCAGCGACGACGACUUUGGCACAGCGGCCCAGUCGCUGCGGCGACGCGAGCGCGAGCGCGAGCGCGAGAUGCAGCGGCUGUCGCGGCAGAUCCGAAAGUACCACGCGCAGCUGCUGUUUGUGCGCGGCGAGAUGGCGCGCACCGAGCGCAGCGGGCUGCUGAAGGUGCCGGCGGACGGGUCCGGAUCUGGGUCCGGGUCUGGAUCUGGCGCUGGCGCUGCCGUCAGCCUCGUCGGCAGCGUGUCGGCCGCCGUGCUAGUGGCCACCACGGCGCUGUGCUGGCUGCUGGUGGUGGUGCAGGUUGGCCGUGGCGCGCUGAGCGCCAUAUUCGUCGGCGCGCCCGACCUGACGCACGCCUUUGAGUACUUCCAGGCGCGCGAGGAGGGCGCGGCCGCCGAGAUGCCACUGGAGACCGCGCCGCCGCUCGUGCCGCACAUGCUGGCCACGGCGUGCCAGCUGCUGUCGGCCGCGCUGCUGUUUGUCGUCGUCAUGUUCGGGCUGCUGUCGAUGGGCGCGUCGGUCGAGGACUCGGUGCACCCGCUGCGCUUCCUCGCGUCGUCGUAUGCCGCCGUGCUGCUGCGCGCGCGCCAGUGGGACUGCCUGCCGCGCCUGCUGCUGCACCCCACCGUGCUGGCUGCCAUCGACCCAUCCCCGCACGUGUCGCGGCUGUUCUUCUCGUCGGGCGCUGACCUCGCCAGCUUCUACCGCCACCUGCAGCGCCAGGCAGCAGCGUCGCCGGCUGCCCACACGCUGCUGCUGCCCGGCGGCAUCCAGCCUGAGCGCGCGCUGAAGGCACGCAUGUGGGGCCGCCGCGUCUUCCUGCUUCUUGACCGCCACGCGCGCCCCGUGUCUCCGACGCUGCUGCUAGCGUACGUGUGGAUCGUCUGCAGCCUGGCCAUGACGUGGCCCAGCGUCCUGCGCACCGCUGGGCUCAUCUCCGAGCGCGCGUACGUGCUUCCAGUUGCAUCGCUUGUCGAGCCGCUGUGGGCCGCGCCUAGCCUCGAGCCGAUGCUGGACCUCGGCCGCCGCGAGCUUGAUAUGGAGCCAAUUGUCGUCCAGCCGCUGGAUCUCGACGUCCACCCCCAGAUUCAAAUCCAGCAGCAGCUGUUGGCACAGCCGGCCGCCAGCAUGUGCGCUGCGAGUCACUUCAAGAGCGAGGUGGCAGCCACGCCUGCGUCUUCCUCCCGACUCGCUGCCGCGCCUCUUGUACGCGUGGCGCUGCGGCUGGCGCGCCGUGUGUCGUCGCACGCGCACAUCUCGCUGGGGUAUGCCGUGUGGUGGCUGUGGCCGGACCUCAUUGUGCCCGUUUCGCCUGCCACUGUUGAUCUGCAGCUGGGCUACACGCCCCAUGCGCCGGCUCUGCCCGUGUCGCUGUCCACGUUUGCCCUGUCGCCUGCGUACUCUGAGUGGUACGCCAUGCUCCGCCGCCUGGAGCUGCAAACACAUCUGAACCAGAGCCAGACCAUAAGAUUGCCUGGUGAUGCUCAGGCACAGCGCUCCAAGCGCUGGCUCACAUCGCUGCUCGAGACCAUCAUGCAUGGCGCCCGCUCCGUUGCGGCAUUCUUCUACUCUGUCGCCGCCGCUCUCCUGAAUCGCAUAUGGAUGCUGGCUGGGCGCGCAGCCCAUGCUGCUGUCCACACUGCCCUGCGCCCGAUCUGGCGCCACGCCUCACUUGCUGCCACUGGUCUGUCCAGCAGCGUGGCGUACGUUGUCUCGCGCGCCAUCCCUCUGGUCAUCGGCUUUGGUCAGCAACAGCAGUCGCAGCAACAGUCGCAGCAAUUGGCAAAGUCCAACAUGUUGCUGGUGCUGGAGAACGGCAUUUACAGCAUGGUUCCGUCGAUAUUCGUCCCUGGAUUUUGGGAGGCCGCCACUGCCCAGCACUCUCCGGCCCUUCAGCGCUUGCGCCCUGAGCUAUGGCCGCAUCUGUUUGAGUGCACUGAUUCUGCUGCUGCUGGUGCUUGCAUCAAGGAUGCCGCGGAACUAUUGCCAUCCGAACGCACAGUCGACACUGCUCAUUCUGGCAUUGGCAGCAAACUGACCCUUGUUCCCUUGCAAAGGCGACCUGUCUCGGUGCCGCAGCAUGCUGACCAUCUCCUUGCAUCUAUUUCGAAACCUGAUUCGGACACUGCAUUAUCGUUACCAUUGGUACCGUCAUCUUCCAAGAGCGACAGGUCCAUUGACCACUCACAGUCUGACUCCGAGGCUGCUGCUUCAGCUAUCAUUGCUGGUGGCCAAGACCAUGCCGUCAAUGUCCGCCCUGUGCGCAAGAUCUGGUCAACGCUGGACUGGGUGCUGGCCGUCUACAGAGUUGUUUUGGGCCUGCUUGCCUGCGUCUUCUUUGCCUUUUGAUUUCGCUACUGCCUUCAUCCAUGCCAGUCACCAUCCUCUCCCCCUAAUGAUGAUGACGAUACAACACCAUCGCCCUCCAUCACCAGCUUAUAUUUGCGGCAUUUAUAUUUGAAUGCCGCGUGCGCCCUUUCUACUUUUUUCUUUCUUUUUUCCUUCGUGUUUUGGUGUGUCCGACAGUUAAUGCUCUUUUUCUAUUUCUUUUCUUUUUGAGCUUUAUCAU